UAAGAAGAAAAGCCGCCAAAACGCCGUACCACACGAAAAUGGAACGUAAACUGCUAUACGCCUUUCGAGGCUGGAUAGCAUUUGUGGCCUUUAUGGAUUUGGGCACAGCAUUUCGUAGCUAUAUUGAGCGACGAAGUUUUCUCGACCAUGCCGAUACACAAUUCAUCGAAGGAGAUUAUACGGUAUCGCGUAUUAUUGGAAUGUAUUGUUUGCUUAAGGCUUUAGCUUUGGUGCACUGUACUCUAUAUAUACACUAUAGGCCGGUGGUCAGCAUGGGCGGAUGUUCAUUGGCCCUGACAUUGGUCCUAUAUCUAACCGAAACAUUAUACUUUCAAUCGUGUACAUUAAAUUUCUAUGUCAUAUUUCCAUGUGUCUUAAAUUCCAUAACCCUUUUAGCUCUGAUGUAUAUACCCAAACGUUUACGUUUAUGGGAGCCAAGUUUGGAUUUGGAUGAUGAAAAUACACAAUUAUUGAAACAGAUGACUGGAUUCAAGCGGAGGCGUGCCAAGAAAAAUCAAUAGAAUCAUUUGACCUAA